AUGAGGGCGCAUACUCCCCAGGGCCUGGGAGACUCUCAACGAAGAACAUCCUCAACCAGUGGUGGACAUAGAAUGAGUAUGGGUAGUGCCAUCCCUCGUGCGCAAUCAAGGACUGCUAUGGCGCGUCCAUCAAAUACCCAGCCGAGUUUCGAUUUUUUGACAGGCGCAGAGUCUACUCAUAGACCACCAUCACGAACAGACCGAUUCCGACAAUCGACCAGGACCGUUCUCGACGAAUCUAGGAAUGAGCCAAUCUACAGCGAGACCGAUCAGGAGGCUGACAAAAGAAGGAAACAGUUGGAUGAGUUGAAGGCCGAGUUGAAAACAUUAAGAUAUACAAUCGACAAUCACAAACAGGAGGAGGAGCUUGCGGAAUUAAGGCAUGAAAAUGAACUCCGAGAUGCAACACGCAAAGCCGAAGAGGAUUUUAAACUUAAACAAAUCGCAGAAGGAGAGAGAAAUAAGGCAGUGCGACAAUACGAAGUUUUGCUCAAAGAGAUGAGUGAGAUCCGUGAAACUUCAAGUGAAGAGAAAACCGCAUUGGAAAAAAAGGUUCGUGGAGUAGAAGAAAAUAAGCGUCGCAUGGAAGAGGAACUUGAGGACAUCAAGACAGAAAGUGAAGAGGGGAGUCGUAUACUGGAAAGGAGAGUUUCGGAGCUCGAAACAAGGAAUCAGACCUUGCAACGUAGCGUUCAAGAUUUACAGGAAGACUCUGAUCGGAGAGAGGCCUUAUUACAGGAUGUUCAGCAAAAAUUGGCCGUUAAAGAAGCGGCAAACGGAGCGCUUGAAGCUGAAGUCUUACGGCUCAAGGCUCAGACUGGGGAUACUGAUACACUUGAGAUAAUCAAGAGAGAAUUGAGCGAGCAGGUCACACACAUUCGAAAUUUGGAAGCAAGCAAUCGAGAGCAAUCGGCUGAGUUGAAGCAUUAUAAGAGACUACAUAAGAGUGUGGAAGUCGUUGAAGAAGAAAAACGAAGCUUGCAGAGAAAGGUCGAGGCCAUGGAUGACCUACAAAAUGAGCUUGGGGAAGCAAGACUUCAAAGACAAAGGCUCGAAGAUGAGCGUUUGGCUUGGACUGCCUACCUCCAAGAUCAAAAUGGUAUUGAAGGCCAGUUCGAGUUUGAUUCUCCGGAAGAUUUAGCAAGAGCACUAGUUGAAGAGAGGAUGAGAACUGCCACAUUAAUGGAACGACUUGGCGCUAUGGAGUCUGAGGUCCUUGACAAGAACAAUAUCAUAGGCGGCAUACAAGACGAAAAUAGGUCUAUGAGCGAGGAGAUGGAGAAAGUCAAGGCGGCGGGAAGCAGCGCCGUUGGUGGAGACGCGAAGGCUCGUAUGCGACUUGAGAGACAGCGGGCUUUGGCAAUCAAGGAAGUUGAAUAUUUGCGUGCGCAGCUCAAGACUUUUGAUGCCGAAGACGAAGCCUUUGGAGCUGGCGAUAACGUUGGCGAUGCGAAAAUUCAACGUAUUGAAGAGCUCGAAAGUAUCGUAGAUCAAUAUCGUCAAGAAGUACAAAUCCUCCAAACCGACCUUACAACCGCCGAGUCAAUACAACCUACCACUACAACACUCGCUGGUACAAAACACCCACGAGAAGAAACAGAUGAAAACGAGCGUGUAGGUGCUCUGAAUCGCAAAAAUCGUAAACUCCAGGACACCAUCACAACUCUCCAAACUUCCCAAAAGCUCAUUCAGAAAGAACUCUCUGUCACACAGGAACGCCUCACAGCCGCAACCUCGCACUCCCACACCCGCAUACUUUCUCUUCGCUCCAAUCCCACCGCUGACUUCGAGGCCGUCAAACUCUCCACCAUCACCGCUCUUCGUGCCGAGAAUGCUGAUCUCCUCUCCCAGCUCGCCACCAGUCUUCCCCCAAACGCGUCAGUUCCUCUCUCCACCCUCCAAACGCAACAAGAUCUCGUCGCAGAAUCGCAAGCCGCAUUCAGGGAUGAACGAACCCGAAACGACCGUCUUAAAAAGGUUUGGGGCCUUAAAUCGCAAGAAUUUCGUGAUGGUGUGUCUUCUCUCUUGGGUUGGGACGUUGUCUUCAUGCCUAAUGGGAAAAUGCGCGUAACUUCAUUUUAUUAUCCUUCAGUCGGAGAAGAGGAAAAUAGUAUCGUGUUUGAUGGUGAGAGGGGAACAAUGAAGGUUAGCGGGGGUCCGGAAAGUAAAUUCGCUGGAAGAAUAAUGGAGAAUAUCAAGUUCUGGGUCAAUGAAAGAGGCAGUAUUCCGUGUUUCUUGGCGGCACUGACUUUGGAAUUUCAUGAGGAGAAGAAAGGAGAUGGGACUGUAAUGAUUGGUUGA